GGAGCGGCGGAGCCCGGCCCUCUCCGCCGAACAUGCCGAGGCCCGCCCCGGUAGCGCGGGAGCCGGAGCGGGGGCCCGAGCCGGAGCGCGAACGUGCGCGGGGCCCGGAGCGGGGGACGCCGCGCUGCUGAGCUCGGCCACCACCGCCCGCGGGCCCCAGGCGGGGCGCAGCUGGGCACCACAGGAUUUAAGGCGGUGGGACCUGUUGGCAGAAUGUCUUCUCUCUCUGCAAGCGACCCUGAGGCCACCAAGAUGAGCACCUCGGCCUGGCCUAUGAGCGUGCCCGGGUGUCAAUAGCCGGGAGCCAAGGGGCCACCGGGCGCAAUGGUGUACUAGGCCGGGCGCGAGCUCAGGUUUCGCACUCGGAUCUCACGGCAGAGUCACCGUGGAGAGGCCAGGGUACCACAAACUUAUGGAUUUUGACAAGAAAGGAGGGAAGGGGGAGCUGGAGGAGGGUAGGAGAAUGUCCAAAACCGGCACAAAUCGGAGCAACCACGGUGUCCGUACUUCGGGGACCAGCUCAGGGGUCCUGAUGGUGGGCCCCAACUUCCGAGUCGGCAAGAAGAUAGGCUGUGGGAACUUCGGGGAGCUUCGCCUCGGAAAGAACCUGUAUACAAAUGAGUACGUGGCCAUCAAGCUGGAGCCCAUCAAGUCCCGAGCCCCGCAGUUGCAUCUCGAGUACCGCUUCUACAAGCAGCUCAGCACGACAGGUGAGCACUCGGGGCCCGCCGGGCCGGCACGCCCAGGCGGCCAGGGGCUCGGGACACCCAGCAUGGAUGUUUCCUUCGCAGAGGGCGUCCCUCAGGUCUACUACUUCGGCCCUUGCGGGAAGUACAACGCCAUGGUGCUGGAGCUGCUGGGGCCCAGCCUGGAGGACCUGUUCGACCUGUGCGACCGCACCUUCACGCUGAAGACGGUGCUGAUGAUCGCCAUCCAGCUGAUCACGCGCAUGGAGUACGUUCAUACCAAAAGCCUCAUCUACCGCGACGUCAAGCCCGAGAACUUCCUGGUGGGACGGCCGGGCAGCAAGCGGCAGCACUCCAUCCACAUCAUCGACUUCGGGCUGGCCAAGGAGUACAUCGACCCCGAGACCAAGAAGCACAUCCCGUACCGCGAGCACAAGAGCCUGACCGGCACGGCGCGCUACAUGAGCAUCAACACGCACCUGGGCAAGGAGCAGAGCCGCCGGGACGACCUGGAGGCGCUGGGACACAUGUUCAUGUACUUUCUGCGCGGCAGUCUGCCCUGGCAGGGGCUCAAGGCGGACACGCUGAAGGAACGCUACCAGAAGAUUGGAGACACCAAGCGUGCCACGCCCAUCGAGGUGCUGUGUGACAGCUUCCCGGAGGAGAUGGCCACCUACUUGCGCUAUGUGCGGCGCCUUGACUUCUUUGAGAAGCCGGACUACGACUACCUGAGGAAGCUCUUCACCGACCUCUUCGACCGCAGCGGCUACGUGUUUGACUACGAGUAUGACUGGGCCGGCAAGCCCCUGCCGACACCCAUCGGCACCGUCCACCCUGACGUGCCCUCCCAGCCGCCACAUCGCGACAAAGCUCAGCUCCACACCAAGAACCAGGCGCUGAACUCCACUAAUGGAGAGCUGAACACAGACGACCCCACCGCGGGCCACUCCAACGCCCCCAUCGCGGCCCCCGCAGAAGUAGAGGUGGCGGAUGAAACCAAGUGCUGCUGCUUCUUCAAGAGGAGAAAGAGAAAAUCGCUGCAGCGACAUAAGUGAGGGUGGUUGCAGCCGCUGCCCAAGAUCCCCAGGCGGGUGUCUAGGACGCUGGCAGUGUCCGUGGUUGCGUGGGGCUCCUUGGCCCACCUGCAGGCACCAUCUUUCGGGACUUGGGGUCACUUCCUUCACACAGGACUCUGGCGGAAAUCUCUACACCCGUGUCUCGUCAUCCCCUUCGAGAGCAUUAACUAUUUAAAACCAGGAGAGAAGCGCUGCGCCGUCCCUGCUGCGCCCCUGUUAGCUCAUAAAGUCCAGCUUGUCCCCUCAAUCCAAAGGCCAUUUUCUCGAGGGGGGCAGGCCCGGGGGCAUGGGUGUCACAUGGGGAGGCCUCAGCCACCAAAGGGGAGGCGCGUGCACUUGCACAGUGCUGCACCAAAGCCGGGGCGGAGCGCGGGAUGGUCACCGCACAGGGACUGGCAUGGGCCCCACAGUGCCAGGGCGGCUGUGACUCGUGUCCCUGCGUGCAGGGCCCACGGGACAGAAUCGCCUUAACGCCCGGCCCGGGGCAACAGACAGGCAGUCCCACGGGAGGGCCAGGCCUUGGUCGUGGGAGCCGAGUUCUUGCUUUACAACGUGUACAGAAAUGAACUUAUGUUUCUCCGGCGCUUCCUUGAAGCCGUAGAGUUUAGGGGCUUUUUUAAAAAAAAAAAAAUAAAAGAAAAGAAAACUAUC